AUGAAGAAUUCCACUAUUGCUCAGGUCAUUGCUGCUACAACUGCCAUGGCUAGUCUUGCAGCCGCCGCCCCCAUGCCUAGCAGUUCCAACGACUCUCAUCCCUCUACUUUUUUCCGUCGAGCACCUCCUGGGCUCUGUGGCGAUUCCAGCUUUGAGAACACUACCAACGGCAACUCAGCCUACGUCAGCGACUGUCAGACGAUGCGCGACCUCCUGCUCUCACGCAACGAGCAAUGGACCGUUUACAUACCCCAGCGCACCCUGGCUUGGGCCGCUUCUUGCGCUUUCGGUGCACAGCAUUACACCGUCGACCCGCCCGUGACAUUCGUCGGUGGCCUAGAUAUUGCCGACAUCAUCGCCAGUUCCAUUAGACUUUUUGGAGGAAACGGUCGCUUAGGCGCCAAGGGUGAAAUGCUGUGCAAGGAUCGUGUUAACACAGGCGGCGGUGAAGUCAACACUCACUGGGGCCUUUAUGUUCCCCCAUGGUAUAGAUCUGCCCUGAGACUGGCUGAUGGCGAAGAGCCGCCGACUCCAGAGGGUGAAGUGAUGGAAGAGCCUCCUGCUGGGUUUGUCUUGCAUGUCGCAAGUGGUGUUUGGCUGGCGCCUGAAAUCGCGCCUUUCUAUAUUGAUGAGGCAUAA